AAGUACCGACAAGUCACGCCGGAUGUGGUUGGUGUGAGUGAGACGUCUUGUCAAACCAUCUGUGCUGCUAGCUGUAACUAGGAGCCAACUUCUCUCUGUUUUUUUUGGGAUAUAAAGAGAUUCAAAAGAAACAAAUAAGAACCCCGCAUUGAAGGAGAUGGAAGACGACGUCUUAACGACGCUGAAGAUUUUGAUCAUCGGUGAGAGCGGCGUUGGGAAGUCCAGCAGUGACAUCAUCUGGAGUACAUGCUGGGCUCUGAUGCAAGCAAAGGGGCGAGCCUCCUCCUCAGAUUCACAGAUGACACGUUUGACCCGGAGCAGUCGGCUACAAUAGGCGUCGACUUCAAGGUGAAGACCAUAUCUGUGGAUGGCAACAAAGCCAAGCUGGCAAUCUGGGACACGGCCGGACAGGAGCGCUUUCGGACCCUGACACCCAGUUACUACCGUGGCGCCCAGGGAGUCAUCCUGGUGUACGACGUGAUGAGACGGGAGACCUUCACGAAGCUAGACAACUGGCUCAACGAGCUGGAGACCUACUGCACCAGGAACGACCUGGUCAAGAUGCUCGUAGGGAACAAGAUCGAUAAGGAGAACCACGAGGUCGACCGGGCCGAAGGGCUGAAGUUCGCAAGAAAACAUUCCAUGCUUUUCAUCGAGGCAAGCGCAAAGACGAAGGACGGGGUCCAGUGCGCGUUCGAGGAGCUGGUGGAGAAGAUCAUCCAGACGCCGGGCCUGUGGCAGAGCGAGGGCCACGGCAGAGCGGUGCAGCUCACGGACGAAGACGCCGGCGGAGGAAGCUGCGGCGGCUACUGCUCCCUGCUUUAAAGCACGCACACACAUGACACGUUAACGGCGCCCGCACCCCCCCCUGCCCCCGCCCCUCCUCCACCGGGUGUCGCCCUGAGCAGAGCGCCCUCCUCAGGCUGCUGAAACGACUGACCGUCCCCACUCUGACACAAACUUUGCACAAUUUGUCUAAACGAUGAUGCGCUAGAAAGCAAAUUACUCCAUUUAGAAUGAAAUUCAGUAUUUUUUCUUUUUUUUUUGCUGUUUUUUUUUUUUUUUUUUUUUUUUUUUUUGGUUCGUUUUAGAUUUAGGACCUUGUUCUGAGUAUGAACCGUUAUCUGUGGAAGCCAAAGUUUGUCUGUGUGAUCCAAAGGGGAACGCCUGACCGUGGUUUCUCUGUUCCCAGCAUGCCGUUUCUGUCCUGAAAGCUUGUCGCCUUAGCAGGCGCAUCAAUAACGACGCCGGGCCCUCUUCCCCGCACCGCUCCUCUUCCUCCCGUCCCUCCUCACCCAGACUCCAUCGACACGGUGCAUUACGGAGAGGCUGAUAGAAGCGGGUCGCGCUGGCGUCCAUGUCACCGCUGCCUCGCUGUAUUUCUGUGUUUUAUUGUUUUUUUGUUGUUUUUUUACUGACCUGGACUGCAAAGCGUUGCUUUCUUUUUUUUUUUUUUUUCUCCAUGAGCGCAUGAAUCAAAGAGGCUGGCGCACGUCGGCCUUCCGCUGGGCGACGACGGGGAAGGAAUGGAAUAAAACUGCACGCCUUUUUCCAGCGAGCUGCUUUAAUGGAAGGCGAAACAGAGUUCUGGUGUCCUCUUCCGUCUGCGCGCGUCCUCCCACAUGUAACUUUGUUUUUUUAAAAGCCUGUUUCUGUCUGCAUGUGUGCCAUUCUCUGUGUUCGUCCUGGGAAAUGUCCUCACGGACCCUUUUAUUAUAAAGAUUUUAACUUAUAUUAACAUAUUACAUUACAUGGCUGUUUGGAUUUAGACGAGCUAAACAGAAAGGAAUUAGAUUUUAAUGUACUUAUCAAAGUAAGCUUCUUUUUUUUUUUUUUUUGUAUCAUUUUUGUGGGGAGAAACUCGGUGAACCAUGUAAAACCUUGUAAAUUGUACAUUUUAGGACUCUAAUGGGGUAAUUGGUGUAUGAAUUUGUAAAGCUGAAUGUACACAUAUCUUACUUCGACCCACCCAGUGUAUUAAACUUAAUAAAGUUCCUUUUUUGAAGUGAA